CGUAUCGUCCACACCGACACCGUUGCCGUAUAGUUGUUGCGCAGUCAGCCACGGCGGCAGUGCAGUGCAGUGUGUAAAUCGAAAUAACGACAAUAAAAUAUACAUUAUUGAUAAUAAUAUACCCGAUAUAAUAUUAUUAUUGUCGUGCAACGCGUCGCUGUGUUUGACGGUUUUAACCGUAAUUCUACCGGUCGAUCUGUGUAUAAUAUUUAUAAAUAUAUAUAAAAAAAAAAAAAAUUGUGAAAUCGGUUUUUUUUUUCCACCUACCGGGUUAUUUCGCCUUCUUGUCGACCGUCGCGAUAAAUGCCAUCGGCAGCGUCAUCGUCACCGCCGCCGGGAUGAUCGCUUCGGAAACUCGUAACCACUGUGCCGCCGUAGUCAUGGACUUGAGCACGCGGGCCAGUUCGGGCGCCGGAAGCGAUCCCAACGACAACGGCAACGGUCGACGGCGCAGCGGUACCGGCAGCGGCGGCAGCGGCGGCGGCGGCGGCAGACCCGCCAAGUCGGUGUUUUCCAUCCGGAGCCUGGUUGGCGAAGAUACGGCCGUGCAACGCGACCGACACGCGGACGAUGACGGCAACGAUCGGAUCGUGCGGCGACACCGCCUCGGAGACGACGACGGCGGCGGAGACGACGAGGACGCGGACGACGGUGAGUUUUCAGUACUAGAAAUUUAAAAAAAUAAGAUCGCGGUCUGUGUAAUGCUUUAUUGAUAUAUUAUAUGAAUAUACGUAACGCGUGAUACGCGAAUCGACAUUUUGAACGACUCCCCCUCCUCUCUGCCCAUCACGCCUCUCCUCCGGAGACCCGCAUUAACCCGCGCCCAACUAUCGGAUUUAUAGGUGCACGUGCGAAUUGUCAUCGUCGUCGUUACAUUAGUAUAUUAUCGUAUGAUAUAGCGAUGGCUGAUGGGUACACUUGAAGCGGGUGUAUUUUAUUGUUUUUCCUGCGAACACGAGGCUUAUGAUAAUAUAAGUAUUAUGUUACUUAUAGCGGGAAAAGGUGUUAUAAAUCCACGUACAACACAGUCGAGAACGAUUGCGAAAAUCAAAAAAAAAACCGAUAAAAUUCGAAAAUCGCACAUUGCCGCCGCGAACGAGUGGUCAUAUCUCUUGUAUUUAUAUAUGAAACGUAUGUAGUUAUAUGGCGGCCAACAGCAAGUGAAGGGCUUGGUACAACAACCAGAUAAAUCCACUGUUUUCGAAAAUUCACUUUUUCCAUUGAUUAUUGUGUCGGAAAAAAUUACUUAAAUUUAAAUGCAACAGCCAUUUAAAUCCGAUAAAUAUAUGUAUAGUUUUUAAUGAAAUUAGAUUUAUCUUCUUUUUUGUUUUUGGUGCAACAACCAGAUAACUCCGGAGUUAUCUGAUUUUUAUACCCCAAAUAUUGUGGUAACACCAAAUGUGUUUAUUAUUUUUGGGUACUAUUAAUAAAACUAAAAGAUGAUAAAACAUUUUUUUUCUAAAUUAUUUUUGUUCAUACUGAAAAAUUGAAAAAAAAGGAUUUAUCUGGUUGUUGCACCAAGCCCUUCAAUAGCUGCUGCUGCUACGACGAUAAAGGGCAUGAGAGAUUGACCGAAAAUUUAAUAUAAAACAAUUAAGAUAUUGUAGGCUCAAUAACAUGCAACUAAUGACGUUAAACGCGUCCGCAUUACAAUAAUAUUACGACAUUAUUGUUAUAACCACAGGGAACGGAUUUAUAACGUGAUUCGUAUAAACACGUAUUUUUAUUGGAUAUUUCGAAAGUUCAAGGCGCCUAUAUAUAGGGUGUACCAGAAAAGAUUGGCCAACUCUUCGGUUUGUUACUCUAUAAGAAUAGGUUUUUUAGAAUUUUUUUUUUUAUUGUCAAAACGUUUUUUUAUCGGUUUUAUUUGUAAACUACCCAUGUAAAAUAAAAAUAAACCAUACCAGAGAAUUUCUUGCAAAAUUCUCUUACAAAAUAAGGGGUCACUUGAUGUUUUCCGAAAAUAAUCAUUAUCACCGAUAUUUUUGGCUUAUCAUGUCCAAAAUCGUAAUUUUUGUGUGACACAUGAAUUUGUAUGUAAAUUUGUCAUGGGUUUCAAUGGAAUAAAUUGUUUUUUAUUUAAGCGGCAAUUUAAUGGUGCUAUCAGAAAAAUACGAUAUAUUUGACUGUUAAAAACAUAAAAAAAUACAUAAAUUCAGUUGUUUUUAUUGAAUGUUUUAUUAUUAAUUAUUAUUAGAUAAUAAACAAAUUAUUUAUAGUAACUAUUCUACAUAACUUCCGUUAACUUCAAUACAUUUUAGAAAUCGUUGAUGGAAUGACCCCCAAACAUUUUCGAUGACACACAAUGUAUCAUUGUGAUAAAAAUAUUACAAAAAUAAUAAUCUGCAAAAUUUCCAUCAUCAAUUGGUGAUAUCAUUCAUUAUUAAAUCUGUGUACGAUAAAGUAGUAACUUUAUCUAUUAUUGAUUGUUAUUUUUAUCGUAUUGAUUAAGCUAUUUAAACUUGAGACUCCUCACUGAACACAGUUGGUGUUGUACAUCGUUAAGUUACUUGUGAGUUUAUAAUAUUUUUGUUCCAAAUUUUAUAUUUAAUGUUAAUUAAUGCUAUUUAAUAAUGAUGUACACGUUUGCUGAAUAUGCCAAUAUGGUUUUUUUUCCUAAUGGGGGGCUCGAAAGACGUGUUCGUGAUGCUCAAAAUGAGGGUAUAGUUUUUAAUCAUUUUUAUGCAGAUCCCGAAACUAGCUGUCGGCGUACUUCGAGCUGCUGCCACGUGAUAAUAUGGACAGACUAA